UUUUCCUUUUUCCUUUUGGUUCAUGUGUUAGCCUUAGUCAAGGUCAAUGUCACCCCAUGUGAUACUCGUUUCUAAAAUCCUAUUUUUAAUUACCAAAACACCCCUCUGAGGCUCUCACCUCUCUCACUCACUGACACAUUCUAAGCUAGGUAGUGAGUAAGUGAGUGUAGUUUGAAAUGGAUGGUCAGGGUCACGGAGGAGGGAGCAGAGCAGAAGCGGAGAGAUGGCUUUACACAGCGAACAAGGUUUUAAGCGCACGUGACCUGCACGGGGCCCGCUCAUUCGCGAUCCGGGCCCGAGAGUCCGACCCGAGAUACGAGCCCACGGAGCUCCUUCUAACGGUCAUUGAUACACUCAUGGCCGGCGAGGCCCGGAUCAACGACCACUUCGACUGGUACGCCAUCCUCCAAGUCCUCCGUUAUACUCAGAACAUCGACUACAUCACUGCCCAGUACCGCCGCCUCGCCACCCAACUCGACCCUCACCACAACCCCUUCGCUUUCGCCUCUCACGCCUUCACUCUCGUCAACGACGCGUGGUCCGUACUCUCCAACCCAACCAAAAAGGCUUUCUACGACAACCAACUCAGACUCCUCACUCAACCCGCUCCUCCUCCUCAACCACCACCGCCUCCGCCGCCGCCACCUCUCGCUUCUCCUGCCCCGGUGGCCUUCUUUCCGAUUCAGCCGCCGCAACCGAACCUAAACCCGAACCAAUUCCCUCAAAGGGAAAGCCCUAGGCCUAGAGUAGAGGUGGAGCCUCCACCGCCGCCGCCGAGUCAGGUGGACAAUGCGACCGAAUUGACUCGGGCGAGUGACGUCGAGACCGAAGGGGUGAGUUUCUGGACCGCAUGCCCUUACUGUUACGUUAUGUACGAGUAUCCGAAGGUGUACGAGGAUUGUACUUUGCGGUGCCAGAAUUGUCGGAGGGGGUUUCAUGGGGUGGUUGUACCGUCGCCGUCGAAAGAUGGUACUUUUGGCUCAUUUUGCAGUUGGGGUUUUUUCCCUGUGGGGUUUUCCGGGGAUUUCAAGGACAUUAACGGGUCUUCUUCCAAGUGGAACCCUUUUUCCCCUUUGUUUCCUUGCGCUUUGCAGGGGGGUGAGGAGAAUGGUAGGUACCAGAAGGGGCCUUGGGUUUUUUACGAUGACGACGAGUCUGCGGAGUUCGUGGAGGGUGGUUCCGACACGACGGAGGAUGAUUCCGAUGAUGAUGACUGGCGUGGCGGGAAUCAGAAGGGGACCACGAGGAAAAGGAAAAGAAGGAAGAAGAGUAGCAAUGUUGGUGGUGGUGGUGAUGUUAGAAGGGUACCUACUACAAUUGAGAGGCCUAGAAGAGGGGUUCAGAAUAGUGAUGGUAAUGACAAUGUGGAGAAUGGUGAGGCUGUGGAUGGUGGUACUGGUGGUGCUAUUGCGGUGGUGGUGCCGGAAUCUAGCAAGAAGGCGGUGGCAUUGGGUGGAUCAAGGAGGAGGAGUGAGAGGAAUUUGGGGAAGUUGGAUUUGAAUGUGGAGUUUAGCAAUGAGGUGGAGGAGCCUAUGUAUGGCCCGGGUGAAGGGAAUGUGAAUGGGAAUGCUGAGGAUAAUAUUGAAGGGAUUGGGUUUUUUGAGGGGCUGGAUGAGUUCCUUAGUAGCUUGCCUAUUCUCAAUGUUGUUGCUGAUGAUAAGGUUAAGGGUCAUUAGUAGUGCAUGUUCAUGUAGGUAGUUUCUUGUAUGUUGGUACUUGUCGCGCCAAAUGAUGCUGAUGAGCUCCUUUCUUUUAUUCUUGUCAUGUUAGUCUUUUAAUAAUUCGCGGCAAUACUUGCUCACUUUGUUUUGAACUAUCUGGGGAGGAUUUCUCUUUCAUUCUCUCAUGUUCGGUUCAGGAAGGAUAUAUUACUCAUUCUAGCUUAA